AUGGGCGUGGCGGCCUGCGGCAAGGAGUGCAUGGGGCAGUGCAUCACACCGGUGCCCCUCCGCUUUCAGAGCUUGUCGAGCCGCAGGAAGCGGAAGACCGACGAAGAUGACGAUGAAGCGGAGGAAAAGCCCAAGCCCAUAGACGAAUUGAGGCACUCCAAGAUCAAGGAACACGCCAAGCGUGAAGCACAUCUGUUGAAGCGGAUCAAGAGAAUCUCGGCCACGCCAGCUGACUUUCCCGACCUGGUGCAGAGGCCCAUCAACCCCUUGGCCGGUCUGCGCUCGCUGAGCCUUGCUGGCGUGGUCCACCUCAUACAGAAGGGCAAAUGCGCCAACAUCAUCGUCAUGUGCGGGGCUGGCAUCUCGGUCUCCGCGGGCAUUCCCGACUUCAGGACCCCAGGGACGGGUCUCUACUACAAUCUGCAGCGCUUCAACUUGCCCACGCCCGCCUCCAUUUUCGACAUUGACUACUUUGUGGAGAACCCUGAGCCGUUCUACACGCUGGCCAAGGAACUCUACCCCGGCAGCUACAAGCCCACUGUCGUGCACCACUUCAUUCGGCUUCUCGCCGACAAGGGGCUCCUCCUCCGAAACUACACACAGAACAUCGAUGGCCUGGAGCGCAUCGCCGGCGUGCCGGUGGAGAAGGUGGUGGAGGCCCAUGGCUCCUUUUUCGGGGCGCAUUGUAUCAAGUGCGAGAAAGUGCACGACCCGGCCGAGAUUCGAGAUGUUCUCACCACCGACGGCUCCCCGAUCUGUGAUGAGUGCGACGGCUUCGUGAAGCCCGACGUCGUGUUCUUUGGCGAACCACUCCCUCCACGCUUCCACACUCUGGCAGAGCGGGAUUUUGAGAAGUGCGAUCUGUUGGUCGUGCUGGGUACCAGCCUGCAAGUGCAGCCCUUCUCCAAACUCAUCGACAAGGUGCCCUCGACGGUGCCGCGGCUCCUCAUCAACAGACAGGAGGUGGGCAAGAAGCACGACGACACCGACGGCAAGAAGGGCGGGUUCCGAUUCAGAGAAUGCGAUAACGCGAGAGACAUUGAGUUCCUGGGUGACUGCGACAUGGGCAUUGGAAUUCUGGCGGAGCUCCUCGGGUGGAAGGAGGAGUUGGCCGCCCUCGCGAGCGUACCCCCGGUCGAUCCUUUCCACAGCUGA